CCCACUCCUGUCAACAACCCCAGUUUCUCACACCUUUUAACUACCCUCUUCCAAUAAGAACCAUAAUAGUAUUUACACAUCCCCUAGCUGCAAGGCUUUCCUGGGCUUCUCCUUUUAAAGUAUCAGGAUCCUCCUCCUCCUCCAAUCCGGCUUCUGUUCCGGGAAUAAGGGGGGGGGGGUGAGCCUCCUCCCAAACUGCCUGCUUCUCCCGGAAGUGGAGCUUCUACGCCGGAUUGCCGCUCUGCCCCGUAGCUCUAGGGGCGCGCCCUUUCGGAAAGGGGAGGAGGGGCGGCAGGGGACACCCCCCUAAAAAAAACAUCGAUGUUGAAGGAAAGGAAAUGAGAAUCGGGAUCGAGGACAAAGGGGUCGCGCGGGGGGGGGGGGAGAGGGGAGAGAAGGACCCAGAGAGGGACUCCGCUACAGCUCCCCAAAGCGCCUUCCGUGGGCCCCACCGGCAGGGCCUGGAUUUCUGCACGGCUGCAGCGAAGGGGUAGGUGUGGACAUGGGGCGCCCACCCACGGGGGUCCCACGAGGACUCCCCGGCCCCGUUUCCCCCGCGCAGGCAUCCCUGGGUCCUGUGCGCUCCGCGCGGAGAGAGGCAGACCGUGAAAGGGUUAAGGGGCGCGAGAGACGCCUAGAUAGAGACCCCCCCCGUCCCUCCCCAUCUCGUCUUGGGGGGACCCUCCGGAUGGAGAGAUGGGUCGCGCAUGGCGAGGGGUGAGCCGCGCCAAGGGGGCCUCUGGGUGCAGCGGAGACUCCGGGAGAGAGGGAGGGGACCAAGGGUGGGGGGAGCCGGGGGGAGGAGGGAGGGGAGCAUCCCCGGGGAAGGAAGCGCAGCAUUGGUGGGGGGGGGGAGGAAGACCAGUCUGUAGGGAGACGUCUCCAUCGGGCGCCCACGAGGAAUCUCCGGAAGGGCCGCCUUGGCUUCUCCCUCCCACCCAGGAAUCGACCCCCCCUUCAAGGCGACCAGAGAGGGAUCCCUGUAAAGUGGGGGUUCCAGUCCCCCCACCCCUUCCUUCCUGCAAGCUCCAUGCUCUUCCCACCCCAUAAGCCCCUGCCCUGUCCAGACGCAGCGGUUUAAAUCCGGAGAGGAAGAGGGGAGGGGAGAGCCUUUUUCAGACGCCGUUCUCUGUUUCCACAAUCCCACCCAGGAAGCAGCCAGAAACCUUUUCCUCUCUCUCAGGCUUCCAUCUUUAAUGUCUUUUCCACUGCCUGCUUCAUUAAGGAUGAGGAUAAUGUACACCUGUCAUCAGAAACUGGGGUGCAGAGUACAUGGAAUAACUCUCAGGCUUGAUAUAGAAGUUGUACCUCAGACGCAUUUCUGUUCCUCUUAUUCUUUGAAGGCAAUUUCAGAGUGCCUGACAAGCUGAGAUUCUUCCCAGUCAAAGGACCCAUUUUCAUGAUAGACAAUACCUGAGAGUGGAGGCUCUACAGACAGGGUGUGCCUAUGCAGGCCAAAGACUGCCAGUAUUAGCACAGGUGAGGUGUGUGACUUCCCCAAAUUUACAGAAUGUAUGUGAAUGAGAGUUUGUGGGUGGGAUUAUCAUUUACGUCAACCCUGUGAUUUCCUCCACCCAUAACAUUUCGUGAGAUGAUAUUGCACUACAAAUUCCAAAAUAACUUUAAAAAAUCACAAGAUGAUAAGAAUGACUGCAGUAUUUAUACCCCACCCAUCUGGUUGGGUUUCCCCAGCCACUCUGGGCAGCUUAAAGUACAUAAAAAAGACAGUAAAACAUCAAACAUUAAAAACAUCCCAGGGCAGCUGUCUUCUAAAUAUCCGAGAGUUGCCCAUUUCCUUGCCCUCUGAUGGGAGGGCAUUCCAUAGGGCGGAAGACCCUCUGUCUGGUUCCCUGGAACUUCACUUCUGCCAGCAAGGAAACCAGCAGAAGACCCUCAGAGGUGGACCUCCCUGUCUGGACUGAGCGAUGGGGGUGGAGACGCUCCUUCAGGUCUCCAGCGCCGAGGCUGUUUAUGGCUUAAGGUUGCAGAUCUUGCUUCUCCAUAACGAUCUCCAGAGCAAGUUCGAUGUAUAAUUAGCAGAGUAGCAAAAAAUGCUCAGAGGCAGCAAAAAAACAAUUCAGCUGAGAAAUCUAUUACAGUUGUACCUCUGGUUGCGAACGGGAUCCAUUCCGUAGGUCUGUUUGCAACAUGAGCAGAACACAAUCCGCAUCUGCGCGUGCACGGGUUACGAUUCUCAUUUCUGUGCAUGCGCGUGACGUCAUUUUGCGUGUCUGCACAUGCGCACCCUUUCCGGUACUUCCGGGUCACCACGGGAUGCAACCUGAAAACACGCAACCUGAAGCAAACGUAACAUGAGGUAUGACUGUACUGAAGACAAAUAAGCAUAACAGGAUCCAAAAAUAGCAAAAAUGUAACUUAUAGUAAAACCCUGACUUCGCAUACCGAAACCGCACUCAAGUAAGAAACAGACAAACAGAGUAGAGUAAUAUCAGAAUAUGAAGUGGGACCAGGUGCAUUUCAAUACUGUAAUUUAUAUACAAUUCAACGUCAGAGUAACCCUGGGACUAGAUAACAAGCCUCCAAGUGGACGUGCCCCACCUGCCCUUCACUUUCCUCUUCAGCACGGGCAGAAUCUGCCUUCUGGACUGUGGGAUUCACGGUUGUUCUCCUCCUCUCCAUCCACCAGGGCUUGACUUCAGGUGCAGCAGAAUUCCCCAGCCCCCCAAGGAUUUGAGACCCAUCAGCUAUCCUCACCUGGUUUAGCCGGCCGGUUGAAGCCGCUGCUUGAACCCCUGUUGCAUGCUGACAGCUUCUGGAAGCCACAGGUGAGAGCUGAGUGCAGGGUGGGCACGAAGGGUGGAAAAAUGACUCCAGAAGGUGCAUGACAUAUACUCCACCAAAGGAACUACUGCUCCCCUAAUACCCCAUGACAUCUAGAUUCAGGUAGGUAGCCAUGUUGAUCUGACACAGUUGAAAUAAAAAAUUAAAAAAUAGUUCAGUAGCACCUUAGAGACCAAGUAAGUUUGUUCUAGGUAUAAGCUUUGGUGUGCACGCACACUUCUUCAGAUACACUGAAACAGAUGUCACCAGACCCUUAUAUAUCAUGGGAGGUUGGGGUGGGGUUUUUCCUCAGAAGGGUACUCCUACUACCAUUCUCUCACUACCCUUCACUAUAUGAAGAAGUGUACAUGCACAUGAAAGCUUAUACUUGGAACUAUACUUAUAAUAUCUUGGAAUUAUACUUAUAAUUUUUUCUUUCAACUGCGUGGGACCAACAAUGCUAUCUGCCAUUAAGUACAGUUAUUUCCUUGCCUUUAAUAUCCUGCUUUUCAGUGUCACAUUAGGAUAGUCCUGUGUCAGAGGAAUGACAUCAGGCAGCACAUCAUCAUUAUAAAGAACAAUGGGGGUGGGUGUUUCCGUCUGGGAUCCCCAUGUGCCAUAUGCUUUCCUUCUGCUUCUCCUGCUCUCUCCAUGCAAUGUGAGGCAUGUAGACAGAGGUCCAUCUUCAAGAACAUGAGCUUCCCUGAGCACCCAUUCAGCUGACCCCAAGCACCAAGCCUUGUCACUAGUUCUCUGACUGACCCAGACCACAGUCCCUGGAAGAGAUGUAGACCUGAGUCUCACAAAAUGGUCUGCGUGGACCUCCUGAGGCCAUUGGGACUGUGCAGGUGAUUCAUGAAGAUCUAGAGGUGGAAACAGGGUUGGGCAGAGGAUUAUGAUGCCGAGGAUGGGAAAUGUCCAAAGGAACGAUGAACCAGAGACAGAGAGGGCCUUUUCAUGGAGAGAGAGUAGCUGCAUUUCCUGUGAGAAAACAAUUGAUGUGAAAAGGCUGUUUUCCAAGAUUAUGCUGCUGUAUUAAUGAUGAUUGAGGAUUAUGAAAGGUUGCUGAUGCAUUACCAUCAUUUGAUAUCAUUGCAUCUUCAUUUCCUAAAAAUCCGUAACCUGGGUAGGAGACGGGGAAAUGUAGGAUAUGUUGAAAUAUGAGGUGGUGCUAAUUGCAUCUGAUGUGCUCUCUUUUCCUUUGUUCUCUUCCUUGAAACCCAAACAGGAUUUCCUUUCCUCCCACUCUGAGGAAGGUCAUGGAGAAAACAGUCAGACUUCCAGGGGAUGGGGCACCUUGGUUUCAUUAGAUAUAGACAUUAAAAUAUGUGAAAUGUGCUUCAUUGAAUGAGCACACAUAGCUCACCCAAAAAGGGGAGAAACCAUUUAAAGGUAUGGAGUGUGGAAAGACUUUCAAUGAUAGAACACAUCAGCGGACUCACAUGGGCAAGAAUGGAUUCAAAUGCAAGGAGUACGGGAAGAACUUCAGUCAGAGUGGACACCUCAAUAUGCAUCAAUUGACUCACACAGGGGAGAAACCUUUUAAAUGUAUGGAAUGUGGAAAGAGCUUUAGUCGGAAUACAAACCUUAAAUUACACCAGCGUACUCAACAUGGGUGAAAAACCAUAUGAAUGUAUGGAAUGUGGAAAGCGCUUCAGUCACAGUGGACAACUCAAUAUACAUCUACAGACUCACAGACAGAAGAAACCUUUUAAAUGCAUGGAGUGUGGAAAGAGCUUCAGUCACAAUGGUGACCUUAAAUCACACCAUCGGACUCACACAGGGGAGAAACCCUUUAAAUGCAUGGAGUGUGGAAAGAGUUUCAGUCAGAAUGGAAACCUUAGAAGACAUCAAUGGAAUCACACAUGGAAGAAACCAUUUAAAUGUAUGGAGUGUGGAAAGAGAUUUAGUGAUGAUGGAACCCUUAGAAGACAUCAACAGACUCACACAGGGGAGAAACCAUGUAAAUGUAUGACGUGCGGAAAGAGCUUUCGUGAUAAUGGAACCCUUAGAAGACAUCAACAGACUCACACAGGGGAGAAACCAUAUGAAUGUAUGGAGUGUGGAAAGAGCUUCAGUCACAGUGGACACCUCAAUAUACAUCAAUGGACUCACACGGGUGAAAAACCUUAUAAAUGUAUGGAGUGCGGAAAGAGAUAUAGUGAUAAUGCAACCCUUAGAAGACAUCAACAGACUCACACAGGGGAGAAACCAUGUAAAUGUAUGACGUGCGGAAAGAGCUUUCGUGAUAAUGGAACCCUUAGAAGACAUCAACAGACUCACACAGGGGAGAAACCAUAUGAAUGUAUGGAGUGUGGAAAGAGCUUCAGUUCCAAUGCAACCCUUAGAAGACAUCAACGGACUCACACAGGGGAAAAACCAUUUAAAUGCAUUGAGUGCGGAAAGAGCUUUAGUGAUAAUGGAAAACUUAGAACACAUCAAUGGACUCACACAGGGGAGAAACCAUUUAAAUGUAUGCAAUGUGGAAAGAGCUUUAGUGAUAAUGGACAUCUUAGAACACAUCAACGGACUCACACAGGGGAAAAACCAUAUGAAUGUAUGGAGUGUGGAAAGAGCUUUAGUGAUAAUGGACAUCUUAGAACACACCAACGGACUCACACAGGGGAAAAACCAUAUGAAUGUAUGCAGUGUGGAAAGAGCUUUUGUGAUAAUGGAACCCUUAGAAGACAUCAACGGACUCACACAGGGGAGAAACCAUAUGAAUGUAUGGAGUGUGGAAAGAGCUUUAGUAAUAAUGGAAACCUUAGAAGACAUCAACAGACUCACACAGGGGGGAAACCAUUUAAAUGCAUGGAGUGCGGAAAGAAAUUCAGUCAGAGUGGAAAUCUCAAUAUACAUCAACGGACUCACACAGGGGAGAAACCAUAUGAAUGUAUGGAGUGUGGAAAGAGCUUUAGUGAUAAUGGAACCCUUAGAAGACAUCAUCGGACUCACACAGCGGAAAAACUGUUUAAAUGCAUUGAGUGCAGAAAGAGCUUCAGUCAGAGUGGAAAUCUUAGAAAACAUCAGCAGACCCACAUGGGAGAAAUCAUUUAGAUGUAUGGCCUCUGGAAGGAGCUUCAGUCAGAGUGGAACCCUUGAUUUACAUUAACAAACUCACACAAGAGACAAACCGUAUAAGUGUCAGGAAGUUAGACAGAGGUAGAGGUCCAAUUCUAGUGGAAGUUCUAAAUCAACAGACUCAUGCCCAGGAUGAACUUUAAGAGUUGAACUCCAACAAACCAUCAGCAGAAAUGAGGAGAAGCAGUUUAAAUGGAAAGAUUACAGAAAGUGAUUUAAUUAUAAUGGAAUGUUUAAGAAACAUCUAGGGACUCUCACAAGGGCGAACCCAUUUAGAUGUAUGGAGUGUGGGACAAGUUCCUCUCAGAGUCCACUCUUCUUCACAGCAAGAAACUCAGAAGAAAUCCGUAUUCCUGCUUCAGGGACAGCUGAGUCUGUUUCUCUUGUCAUUAUCUCCAACUAGGUAACUCCUGUCUAAUCUGCUCUGUAUCGGUGUCACUCCCUGCUUCUGAGACCACUGCAAAAGAGGGGGGAGAAUUCCCCCCCUGCAGCUCCCAGGAAAGCUGAUCUUCCUGAGAAUGCAUUCCCCCAUACUCAGCUUCCGACCAUUCCCUGACGCAUCGCGAGAACCCUUGAAAAAGAAGUGAUUUGGCUCACCAUUGGAAGCUCAGACCCAUAAAAGGUUGAAUAUGAAAGAUACGUGGUUGAAGUAUAAUGCUAUUCUGAUGGAAGUAGGGGACCAAUUUAGAUUAAAAUCUUAUGAUUCGUUGAAAGAAAAAUUAGAUGAUUGAUUCCAGUACAUCCAGAUAAAUGAAGUGUUUAAAAUGGAUAAGAAAAUUGGUUUUCAAAGAGAGAAAUCCAAACUGGAAAGGGAAUUAUUAGAUACAAAAACAAAAAAACCUAUCUAAGAUGUAUAAUUUAUUGCUGGAAUGGCGUACGAAAGAUGAACAAGUGAAAUCUGUAACGAGUGAAUGGGCCAGGGAUGUGGGGCACAAUAUCAUGAUGGUGGAUUGGGAGAAAUUGUAGAAAAAGGAAUCAAAUUUACAGCUUGUAAUGUAUAAAGAGAAAACUUGAUGAAAAUGAUGUAUAGAUUGUAUUUAACAGCAGUGAGGUUAGCAAAAAUGUAUCAUACUCAUGAUAAUAAAUGCUGGAAAUGUAAAGAAAAAGAAGGAACCUUUUACCACAUGUGGUGGACGUGCCCCAAGGAAAAAGACUUCUGGGAAAGUAUUUAUAAUGAACUGAUGAAAGUAUUGAAAAACACAUUUGUUAAAAAACCAGAAGCCUUUUUACUUGGUAUAGUGGGGGGUUAAAUACCCAAAAAGGGUGUUACUUUUUUUCUGUAUGCCACAACAGCUGUGAGAAUGUUGCUAGCAAAGAAUUGGAAGAAACAAGAUUUACCAACUAACGAAGAAGGGCAGAUGAAGAUGAUGGACUAUAUGAAACUUGCCGAACUGACCGGGAGACUCUGAGACCAGAGAGAAGAGAUGAUGGAAGAAGAUAGGGAGAAGUUUAAGGAAUAUUUGAAAAAAUAUGUUAAUAUUUAAAUCUUAGAAUAGCUUUGGAAGUGGAUAUAUGCUGCAGGCUUAGAAGUAGAAGAUAAUGUAUUUUAAAAUAGUAUUAUUUGUAAGUGAUAAAAUGUGAAGUUAUUUUAAGUGUGAUUUAAAAAAAAAUAUUGUUAGAAACGAUGAUAUAUGUAAAUUGCUAAAGAUGAAGUAAAAUGAAAAUCAGAUAGGUGGGACUUGGGGAAGCCCACUUCACAAUGUAUAGGAAAAUAAGGAUAUGACAAGACUUUGUUUGUAUUGUUUGUUUUUCUGUUUGUGUUCUUUAUUUGUGUUAUAAAAUGAAUAUUUUUUUUGGGGGGGGGGACAGAAAAAACCCCAUAAAAACAACUGAUAUAGCAAUAUAGCACAGAUCACAGCGUGUGUUUUUGUGUUGCAUGUUUGCCUGGAAUAGCCAGCAUAAAGCUUUGCUUCAUGAAGCCCCUGCAGACGCCGAGUUGCUGACUUCCCUCCCAGAUGACAGGAAGCGAAAGACACACCUCCAUUGCCCUGUGUCCUUCCAGCCUCUUUCCUCCCUUGCUCCCUUCUGCCGGUGUGCGUGCCUGACUUAGAUAUCCUGUGUGCUGUAUUUUUUUACUGCUGAAACUGGAUUUGUUCUCUGGAGUUAAGUUUUGUGCCUCACUGGGGACCCAUUGAGAAAUGUAUGCUUUGA